UAAACGCCAAACCACAUUCGAUUUCAACUCAAGUUGAGUAGGGCGCAUUAACCAUCCGUUCUGUUUCUGUAGAUGCAAAUGGGUUUAUCUCCCAGUGCUCGAUUCAGUGUUUUUUAAGGUGCCUGUGAAUUCGAAUGGUAAUGGCGCUGAAUUCGAAGUAUGCAGAACUGCCAGGAUUCGCCCAUGAUCAACCGGACCUUUAUGAGACGGACGACCUUCCCGAGGCAGAGCAAGCAAUUGAACCUGCCGGAGAUGACAGUGAAGCCGUUGAGGUUUUACAUAUCUCGACAAAGGAUGCCUACAUCAAAUUCAAGGGAAGUCGUGUCGACACAUCCAAAUCGGACUUCACUGAUAGUAUUGCUCCUCGUCGAAAGACGGGAUUUCACGUUAUUCACGGAGACUGGGAGCUUUCGGAUGAUAAAGAGAAUGAAAGUCUUCCCCAAAGGUACCACCGUAUCAAGACCGAGGUCAAACAAUUUUUGGAGGAUGUAGCAGCCAUUGAAACCGAAAAAAGGCCUGAAAAUCAUGAGGUUCUACUGGCAGAUAUGGAAAUGCUGGAAAAACUAUUAGCUGACGUAAACCUCGACGCCGUAAUGGGUGAAGGUCACAGCGGGGAUCGUAAUGGUCAAACGAUCAACCGACUCUUGGGGCAAUUAGCUUCGCUGAGAGGAGACCCACAAAACAAAGAAGCUCAGGAUACGGGUGUUAAGAAGACUUCAGCUAAAGAGAAAUCUUCGCUCACUUACGAACUCUACUACAAACCCGAAUAUAGCAAGCUUCAACAGGCUCAGCAGGUGGCUGCUUUGGAAGAACGAUUACGGCAACUCGAAGCAACGGUCGGUGAUACAAGGACAGACAAGCUUUCGAUGUUAGCCACAUGUGCGGGCGUCACAGGUCGGAGUCUUCAGGACGCUUGCGAUGAGCUCAGCUCGAAAUUGUACCUACUAGACCCUACAAACAUUGAAAGAGUAGAGAGUCAACUAGCCGGUCUCCACGAACGACUGCUUGCCGUGUCUGAGAGAAAGACGGCUCUCGAAGAAGCACAGAGAAGCGAUAAAAUUGCUCAGAUGUAUGAAGUGUCACGCAAAGUUGACCAGCUUCUUCCAAGCCUUUCAAAUAUCCUCCAGUCGCUAACCAGUCUACAGGAACUACACGAACAUGCAUUGCAAUUCUCAAAAUGUCUAACUACUUUGGAAGCACAACAGUCUCUGAUGAUGAGACAAUUAAAGGGUGAUGAAGAUUUAGUUAAGAAGCUUCAGGAACGAAUCGAAAAAGACGUGGAAGCUGUGGCUGACAACAUCUCGAAGCUUGAGCUACGCAUGGAGGCGUUUAAAAAAUAAUUUCUUAUAAUAAUGCGGACAAAUGAUAGUACAUUUGGAUUAAUCAAUUCGUAAUGCAUCGUAGAAUGUAUGCAGACGCGUCCUAAGAAAUCUUUAUAAUGGCAACGUUGCAUACAAACCAUUUUAAUAAGUAAACAAUUAUGAGGAUGCACCUCUAGUUAUAAUUUUUUUUUGAUUAAAAAAAAUUUUUCUUAUUUCUAUAUAUACGAAGGGAAAAUCAGUUAGUAUAUUAAAUGAAGGCGGUUCAUUGAUAUUAAACGUAUAUAUGUGGUA